AUGAAGGGCUAUCCUAUUGACCAGCUCGUUUAUGAGAUCAUGUUCCCAAAACCGAAAACAGGCGAUCCUCAAAGUUUCCAAGCCUUUUUACAGCGAAGUCUUGUGCCCGAAGUCCGUCAUGAGACGCAAGCAUUCUAUGGCCACUUAGCUUCGCAAGAAGCAAAGUACCCCGGCUUAGACUACUCAUACUCGCCGCAUCGCGUUCGACUCUCGAGAUUCCCGUGGCACAGACGACUAUUUCGAGCCUUCGAAAAUCUGAAACUCACGAAACACGAAAUUGCGACUUUGACAAAAUGGGAGGGUACACGAUGGGCAAAGGAGAGAUUUGAGAAGGAACAAGGCAUUACAAUUAGGGAUACAACUGGUGAUGAUAUUGAGGAUUGGGUAUCGCCGGAAUUAAGAUGUGCAACUGUGCUACAUGCAAUGUCAGCAAACGAGGAAAAGGAGUUGGAAGAAGCUGGUCAAUCGGAGCAAAAUGAGCUAGAGGAAGAUGAUGGAGAGAGUGAUGCCGAGAUUACAAGUGUGGGAACUGAAUUGAAUGAGAGACUGAGGGCUGCUGCAGCUCAAAGACAUGCGGGUAACUUAACUGCCCCAAUGGACGCAGAGUGGGAACAAUGGUUAAAGGAUGAAGUCGAGGGAGGAAGCAUUGACAUCUCAAAUAUGGAACUGAGUCCGGAUGCCAAUAUCAUGGGUACUCGGCCACUUCCUAGAGUAUCACAUGUCUAUUUGAAUGAUAGGAUACUAUCAACAUCCACACUCGAUACAAUGACCAAUCGACGAAACGCAAACAUCAAUAGGACCAUCGACUCAAACACAUCUCUUCGUGUACAACGAGAGUCCGUAACCCGACGUCUUCCCAGUGAACGAGAUCUAGCGAGAGGCCGCGCCGAGACUUUUGUUAUGGACCACUCUUAUAGAAAUCCUCCUGCCCGUAAUGCAGAAGAACGCUCCGGUAAUACCGGUGAUAGACCAAUAGGACAUCCAUUUACCAUGGUCAACUAUUACCGAAAUCUUACUGCCCUCAGUAGUGCAGAAGAAGAAGCACAUCACAGUUCUUUGUAA